AUUGAACCUGAACCACAAAACCUACCCACCCUUCCAAGCCUCAACCAACGAUCCUUAUAAUUACAAAUCCAACCGCUCCUUUCAUCUCAUUCAAUUCAAUUCCCAAACAUAUACAAUUAACUACUCUGCAUUCCUUGUCGAUUAUACAUUUUUAUCAAUUCACCCAUAGCGGUAACUCUUUAGAGCUCAAUAGCCGGAAACAAUGUCUGCGCCACCGUCCGUCACCGAAAUCGAAGUCGAGAGCCACGUGUUUCCGGCGACGGUGAAGCCUCCGGGCUCCGUGAACGCAUUGAUCCUUGGCGGCGCAGGGGUGAGAGGAUUGGACAUCGACGGGAAGUUCAUCAAGUUCACGGCCAUCGGCGUGUACUUGGAAGCUGACGCCGUUUCAUCCCUCGCCGUUAAGUGGGGCGGCAAAACCCCAGAGGAGUUGACGGAUUCGGUCGACUUUUACAGGGACAUCGUUACCGGGCCCUUGGAGAAACUGACACAGAUAACAAUGAUUUUGCCAUUGAGCGGUAAGCAAUACUCAGAGAAGGUGACGGAGAACUGCGUCGCUUAUUGGAAAGGCGCCGGGAUAUACGGCGAUGAAGAGAGCCAAGCUAUACAAAAGUUUCUUCAUGUUUUCAGCGAUCAAAUGUUCCAACCUGGCGCCUCUAUUCUCUUCACUCACUCACCCCUUGGCUCAUUAACGAUUAGCUUCUCCAAAGAUGGGUCAAUGCCUGAGACAGCAAACACAGUAAUAGAGAACAAGCGGCUCUCAGAGGCAGUUCUGGAGUCAAUCAUUGGGGUCAACGGUGUCUCUCCUGCGGCAAAGCAGAGCCUAGCCCUAAGGCUAUCGGAGUUGCUGAAGAACUCUAGCAAUGGCGAGACAAAAGUUGGUUCAGAGAAUUAAGCUAUUCCAAACGCAGCCUUGUCUGCAUAGACAUCGCCAUGUUGUAUGGAAGAAUGUUUUAUUUGGUGGAGUUGGUGCUGUAAUAAGUUACGGACAACAGAGAAUUUCGGAGGGGGUGUUUGGGAGUGAUGGACCUUUUGAAAUACAAGCAACCCCUUAUUUUCACAAUAAAUACCCGCUUAUAUUUAUCAUUACGAAAAUUUUCUUGGUAUGAAAUAAACUUUGGCAACUUUGGCAUAUAGCAUGGAUAGAAAUAUUCUUGUUUGAUCAGGUCUCGAAUAGUUAGAUACAUGUUUGGUGUCUGUGUAUUUUACAAUUGCAAAAAUCUGGUCCGAUCUGUUGAGUGCAAUUUCAUGUCAUUUUUAUAUAUCUUAUUAUAAACGUUUUCAUAUAAAAGCAUACUAUUCGUCAAA